UAUGACAGCCUUUCCUGCUGUUUGCCGAGCGGAGUGGGGACGAAGAAAACUCUAUUACUCCACAGCGGAGGGAGGAAGUCGCCACCUCUUCCCCUGACUCUGUCAACGUGCGUGUAUGUGAGCGUGUGUGUUUGCCUGCCCGUGUGAGUGUGUGUGUGUGAGUGAGUGUGUGCAUGUGUGCGUACGAGUGAACCGCCCACAUACAAGCUGAUCAACAGCAGAGUGAGAGACCAGGUCUCGUCCUGCAUGCAUUGGACACCUGGACAUUGGAUUUUGUUGUGGUGGCUGCUGGAACCAACAACUCAGUUAUCACACUUUUAACUAUGAGUCUGGACUCUUCUGGGACUCUUUGAAGUACUGUUUUGGCCAGAUGAAGAAGUUUGCAUAAGGGAGGAAUCACAACCCACUUCUUUGAGAGGCCGGCGGACUCGUGGCUUAACAGUGUCAUUUCCCUGCACUAUGGACUAACCCCAACAUCGUCCUGCUGAACCAUCUGGUGUGACCUCCCUCCCUCUGACUAGCCAAGAUGGACGCCAAGAGGACAGAGAUGGCACUGCUGAGCAACAGCAUCGCUGCCUACGCUCACAUCAAAAACAAUCCGGAGAGCUUUGGUCUGUAUUUCGUGAUCGGCGUUUGCUUUGGCCUGGUGCUGACUCUCUGCCUGCUGGUCGUGCGCAUCUCCUGCAAGCCGCGCACCAAGACCCCGUCGCCCGCGCCCGAGAAGAAGCAGCUGAAGGACUUCAGCGAGGACGAGGAGGACGACGACAGCGAGGAGGAGGAGGAGGAGGAGGAGGAAGAGGAGGACGAGGGGGAGGAAGAGGCGGUGGAGAGGGAUGUGGAGAUGGCCCUGCCACUGCCCACCACCGAGAUCCCGGCCAGCAACCACACCAGCCACUCGGAUGGCACGCUGAGUGUGAACGUCUUCACGUCGGCAGAGGAACUGGAACGUGCCCAACGGUUGGAGGAGCGGGAGAGGAUCAUUCGGGAGAUCUGGAGGAACGGCCAGCCCGACAUCCUGGGCACCGGGACUGGCACCAUCGGGCGAGUGCACUACUACUAACGUGCCCACGUGGUGCUAAGGGACAACUCUGAAAGAAACGGGCAAUGCCAGGUGCUAAGCGACUUCUGGAGGGAAGAACAAACUGUGCUGUUACCAGAGAAACACGUCUUGAGAGAUGCUGGUUAAAUGUCUCACUCGCUGGGGGCUUUUAUUUUGAAAUGGUGUGUCAACACAGAGACCCAACGCUCUCUUGGGUACUUCUUGGUGCUUUGUGACAUCAGAAUGUGAUCUUAUCUCUUUCCAUACCAGAGGGUGACAAUGCUGUGGGACUACACGGGGACAUUUCUGAACAGUCCUCCUAAUCAUCAUGCUUAUGUCAAUCUCUGGAUGUAGACCAAAACACUUGUAGUCUAUAUGUAUAGAUCCACAGUGUCAUGAACUAACAUUACAUCACUUUUACCAAGAUGGAUGAUUAUACCUGUACUGACAAACAAUUUGUUUCAACUAUGUUUUGAAAAUCAGGUUCAACAAUAUUGAUGACACUCCUUGAAAUUAGCAACCUUAUUGUAGUCUGUGUACUGUGUCAAACUUCAGGCUUUUCAUUCAUUUGGAGCAAAGCUCUCAGAGUUCAAUUUGGACUAAAACAUAAUGCGAAGAGGAGGGGUACUUCAGUCUUUUUAAAAGUUGUGUGGACCAAUAUGGUAGUCAUGUGGAAUUCAGGGGUCAAUCGACAUCUAAUCACAUGAUUUGAUCUGAUAGUGUCUUAUAGUCAAAUUAUCACUGUAUACAUUGAUACAUUAAUACCGGGAAUGAUAUAUUUGCACAAAUCUUGUUGUAUGUGUCGUUAAAGAGGGGCUAAAUCCCAAAACAUUUUAUUACAUUAACACAAUAUCACAGUCACAUUCCCAUGAUAAUAUUCAGGAGUGCAAAACACAGUUGGUCUUUCAUAAGUCCUCAUUUAUGCACUCAUGAUGUAAUGUACAAACAUGAGCGAUUAUUUCCACAGAUAUGUCUUAAAGGUCAGAAAAAAUGCUCUUGUUUUAGAUUUGUGUUGAUUUGAAGAGAUUUACUGACUUUCUUGGGGUCGUGGCUGCAGUCUGUGGUCUGCUCUGAGAGGUCAGAGUGAAAAUAAAGCCUGUGUCACUCCCUCUGGUCAGGGAGUAUUGAGAUAGGAGGCCUCUGCCCUCCCGGCCCCCUUUCCCACUGCCGAGCUGAAAAUAGAAAUCCGAGACUUGAAGCGGAAAUGGCCACAUUGUCUGGAGUCUAUGUCAGGGACCAUUCAAAACCAA